UCCCGCCGAUCCUAGUUUCCGUCACUCUUGCACCGAUGCGCAUACUGCACGCACGAGGAGCCAAGCGACGUAUGGCAGGUGCGAGGGUAAUCGAUAAAAGCUCGACAAUCGGGUAAAAAUUCAACAGAGUGUGACGCAACUUGCCGAGCUAAUAGGUGUUCAGUUCUGCAAAGAGUAUCCGCUGAAGAACAAGAUCGUCACUGCGUGAGAGCCGUGACGCGCGUUUCUCACGUAUCGCCCGAUCCAAAGUUCAUUGCUUCAACGUUUCGACAGUAUUCAGUACUGGAAAACCGAUCGGGUUGUGUCGUGUCCACGAGGAGGUAUCGCGGAGGUAUACUUCCUCGUCGAGAAGAUCGAUUGCCAGUCGAUCGUUUGUUCGUACGCACAAUCGACGAGCGCAUAGACAGAAAGCGAGGCUCGUGCCGGGGUUUGGUGGCUGAAACGAAAGUACAAGGAUCGAAAAAAUUACGUGUUGCAAUUGCGUAUGUAAUUGGCGGCAGCCUUGCCGAAAAUUACAUAGCAUUAAUAGCAUCGCGUUAAAGUCGGCCGAUUCCUACCGCAGGCCGCAACGGUCGGCUGUCAUCGAGCUUCGGGGCCAAGUGUGAGGACUCGCCUUUCUCAUAUCCAGUCACGGCAAAGUGCGUUCGUCGUAUCUGUCCGGACUGCAACUGAGCAGAGAAGGAAAACUUUGGCACUUUUCAUCCGGUACCUCAUACAUCUUUAGUCAUCUCAUUAUCACCUAACGACUAGAUAAACCACGCUAAUAUGAAGGAUCUGAUGAUACUCUGGCAUUCUUUAUUGGGUCGCAAUUACGACCCGGCUAACACCAACUCCGACAACCGAGACAACCUAGGCGAUCAAGAUAACCCGAGGAUCUCGAGCUUUCAAAGAAAAUCUUCGGUAAUGGUGAAUAGGUUUCUCAACAUCACUGAACCGCUACACGCUGAUGGCAACCAAAAGCGAACAAGAACUAUUUUCAUGCUGAUGACUCUAGGCUUGCUCAGCAUCACGUUCGGUUGGCUCACACUGGUAAUUCACCCGUACGACGUCUUGUUCAAUUGGAAGUUACAGUUUGGCGAGGGCGGCGAGAUCUUCGAGAUAUGGCGUAAACCUGAAGUUAAUCUUUACCUGAAGGUCUACCUGUUCAACGUGACGAAUCGUGACGAAUUCUUACAAGGUCGCGAGAGCAAGCUGCGAUUCCAAGAAAUAGGCCCUUACGUGUACAGAGAAUUCUUAGAGCACGCGAAUGUAGUCUUCAAUGGCAACGGAACGCUAACAACAACACCAUUUCAUCCGCUGCAGUACGUCCCGGAAAUGAGCAACGGUACAGAAGAGGAUCUCGUAAUAAUGCCGAAUAUAGCGUUACUCAGCAUUGCGAACGUUAUGAAAGACGCUUCGUACUUAUCCAGGUGGGGGCUAAACACGCUGAUCUGGCAAACGGAUUCUCAUCCUCUGGUAGAAAUGACUGCGCGCGAAUUUAUGUUUGGUUACAAAUCGACUCUGGUUACUCUUGGUAAUAAUGUGAUGCCCUCCUGGAUCAAAUUCGAUAAACUUGGAUUAAUCGACAGAAUGUACGAUUUCGACGGCAACUUCGAAACUGUCUACACGGGAGAGACCGAUGUCCGAUUGUCGGGUUUAGUCGAAAAAUACAACGGAAACGUUGACCUACCGCAUUGGACCGGUAAAUGCGCAAACGUAAAUGGCUCGAGUGAUGGCUCCAAGUUCCCAAGUUUCAUUCAGCCGAAUGAUACGAUCCUCUUCUUUCGCAGGAGUCUCUGUCGGAGUGCACGGAUGGUACGAAAUGGUGAAAAAACAAUAAAAGGCUUACAUUCGUAUCAGUACGGGUUCAUAGAGAAUGAAUUGGAUAAUGGAGCAGUAAAUCCAGAAAAUAAAUGUUUCUGUCGUCAAGGGGUAUGCUUGAAACCUGGUUUUAUUGAUGUGACCGAUUGUUACUACGGAUUCCCGAUCGCUUUGUCAUACCCGCACUUCUACAAAACUGACCCGUCGUUCUUGGAAGCUGUCGAAGGUCUGGAACCUAAGGAAGAGUUGCACAAGUCCUAUUGCUAUAUUGAACCCACAUCUGGAUUACCCACAGAUCUAGCGUUCCGCUUUCAAAUCAAUAUGAUGUUACAGAAUAUCAAGCAUACGACCAGAGUAGAAAAAUUCAGCAAUUUUGUACUCCCACUGUUGUGGUUCGAAAUCGGGAUGUAUGAAAUACCGGAUGCUUUGAACAUACGUUUCUUGUUUUAUCUGGUUAUCUGUCCUAUCAUGCAGGAUGUAAUAAUAUACCUCUUCUUCCUCUCCGGUAUGGUGCUCCUCGUUUGGAGCAUUGUGAAGAUACUGACUUAUCAGAAAAAGAGAUCGUCCGUGAAUUGGAUGGAAAAGGAAAUGUCGAGAAGAAGACAACGGGCCCAGAACGACAAACAAACUGAUCAAAUAUCGCGAGAAAUUGAUACGUAUAGUUCAUUAUUAAUCUCUGAUGAUAUAAAUCUGACGAAUAAUAGUGUAAUAAUUUAAUAACAAAGCCGCGAUAUAUUAAACGUCAUUUCUUUAAAAGUCUUGGGCCAGUUCACCAGUAAGCGUGUAUAAUAAGUGUGAUCACUUAAACAUGAAGAAAAUUUAUAGAUUUCGAUGAACGGGAAUCACGGUGCGUUAAACGGUCCUGUACAAAAAGAAAGAACGGAAUAGAAUCUUAAAAAUAGUAAAAAAUGUAAAUUUUUACCUAGCUUAUUACAAUGUUCUACUUGCAACGACAUAUUCAACUACGCAGUGAUGUUAAUAUGGAUGAGAUAUUAUACAGCAAGAUACAGUAUUAUAUUGUCAUAUUUCUCUCUUUCUUUCUGUACAUUGUUAUAAAUAUGCUCAAUUUUUUAUACGAAUAUCAUCGUAUCAAAAAAGUCACGAGAAAUUUGAUCGACUUUAUCAAAUGCUUUUUUUUAAUUUAAUUUAACUAUCAAUGCUUUUCUCUUGUUAAAUAAUUGAAGAAUUGAGUUUUAUUCUAGUAAUAUUGAGAAAAACUUGUUUUUCUCAAAAUUUUCAAAGUUGUUGAAAUCAUUCUUUAAUUCACGACGCAUGGUCUCGCUAUAAAUUAAAAUACAGUACAAUUCUAAUAGCGCUAUUGUCACUCUAUCUUCUUAAUAUUGAAGGAGAUUAUUCUUUUGCUCAUGACAAUCGUUCGCCAUAGGAAACUUUUCAACAAAGCAAUCUCAUUACUAUCAUAUGCUGUUUACGUAGUCUGCUCAUGGAGAAAAAUAAUUUGCUGACUCAGCAAAUGUUCUGCUAGUCUAGCAAAAUCUUUUCGUUAUUAUGUGGAUAGCAAAAAGAUUUGCUAAGAGUACUAAUUACUAUUUGCUGGAUAUAAUUUGCUAAAUCUACAAAUUAUUUUGCUAUAAAAACCAUGAUAGAUUUAUAUAAGCAGUUGCAGUUUUGUUCCGAUAGUAAAUAAAUUUGCUAAGAAUACAUUAUUUCGCAUCAAUAGUAAAUUGCAUUAAUAGCAACGUAAUUCUUAGGACAAAUAUACUCAACAAAUUUUUUCUAUCCUGGCAACAAAACUACUUCUGCUCUGAUAACGAAUAAUUUGUGAAAUUUGUUACGUCAACUAAAUUUUUUUUAUGUCACUACGAAUAUGCAGUAGCAACGACGAUUUUGUUAAAAGAGCAAAAUUAUUUUUUUCCUUGCUCGAAUCAUGCGAUCCUGAUGACGUUAAAUUCUACGAUAAAAAUAUUGACAAAAAUUAAAUAAAUUCUGUUUGUAACGGGGAAUUAAUUAUCAAAUAAUUGCCGGGACAAUAAAUUGACUUUAACAAGACAAAACGUAUUGAUCUUGGAAUAAUUCCAAGCAUUUUUAUACAAAUAUUAUACUACUUAUAAAGGUACCUCACAUAUGUGUGUUAAAUGUUGACAACGUUUGAAGUGUCAACGUAUUAUUAUUGAGUAAUCGCCGAUUGCUGUACAUUAAAUCAUAUGACAUAUAUUAAUGUACAUAGUACAUUAAAUCACUGUCAUUUCAUUAUUCUCUUUAUCAUCUAUUUCGUAAAAACGUACUCAAAUCAACAAAAAAUAUGAUAUCCCUUAUAGAAAUAUCAUACUAAGAAUCAUUAAUAAUUACUUAUUUUCAGUAUUAAAAAUACUGGAUAAUAAGUAAUUAUCAAUGAUUCUUAGUAUGAUAUUUCUAUAAGGGAUGAAUAUAUAUUUAAAGUAAAUAUACACACACAUUCAUCAUACCGAUUUUAUCGAGUUGAAAUCUUAGUUAAAAAACAUUACAUUUACGAUCUUACUAUUUCUACCGUAUAUUUGGAGAUACGGAUAAUUCCCCCAAUUAACGACAAUAAUAAUCGUCAUGUUCGUGAAACAAAAGCACUUCAUUUCGAGUAGUGCGUUUGUAGUUUACAUUACCUGCGUUUAUCUCGUACCGUUUCACUGUAAAUAUGUAAAUAAUAGAUUAGUACGACUGCAAAACGAUUGCAGAGACAGAGAAAAGUAGUGUACACACAGAUUAGUAGCAUUUAUUUUUUGUAAAAAUAAGAAUAAGCUCUUCAUAGAUCUGCAAUUGAUUUGCUAUAAAAUUCAAGAAACUGCACACUGUUUUAAGGGAGAAUAGUAAUUGUAAUUUUUCAUAGACAGACAUAAAUGACAUAAAUGACAUAAAUGAGCAUAAAUAUACUCUGUGACCCAAUGUGAUAUAUUAUAUACACACGCGCGCGUGUGCACGCAUACACAAUUCUAUAAUCAUUAAACGGCAUGACAUAACGACAUGAUCGUUAACAUAAUACGAAAUGAUAUUUAACAUCGUUAACAUAAUAGAAAUAUGAUAUGAUCGUUAACAUAAUAGAAAUAUGAUAUUUAGAUAUGGUUAAAUAUUUUUAUAUUAUCUCUGUAUAUAUUACAUGAGACUAGAUAUUUU